UUACCCAUUUGGCCAUUUACAUUUCUUCCUCCAGAUUGAUUCCUUCAUUUCGCACACAAUUUCCAAGCUUCCACACCACCGACUCUCCCCUUUCUCUUAGAAUUGAAAAAAGAGUGUCCUUUUAAUUCUACCUUUAUCCCCAAACUUUCUCAGAUCUUUCAUCACAGAGAUGAGGUGGUUUGUUGUCAAGAUGAAUGUGCAUUGUGAGAUUGAAUCCUUAUAGGGUAAAAUGGCAAGUAUACACCAAAGAGGAGAUGUUAUUGUUAGUGUGGGUUCCAAGUCUAAUGAAAGAGGUGAUGCUGGCCCUAUUCGAGUUUCUCGUAGGGCUAGGAGGUUUGGUUCGAUUACUCGACAAAGGCUCUCGAUUUGGCUGUUGUUAAUUGGAGCUGUAUUCUUCAUGUACAUGACAUUUUUCAGCGUUAAAGUGCACUUUCAUGGUGAGAAGGAAGAUGGCAUGUCGUCUUUCUUUAGUAUACCAAAAGGAGGCCCUCAGAGCUAUAAUAUUACCCAAUACAACAGGUCUACCAAAGGUAAGGUAGAUCAUGGCAUGUUAUCUUUCUUCGGUGUGCCAAAAAGAGGCGUUGAUAGCAAUGUUAGCCAAAGAAGGAGGUCUCCUAAACAUUAUCCUUGUGACAUUGAUUUAGAAAAGUCUAUCGAGUAUAUAUUGGAGCCCAAGGAUUAUUUAAACUUCACGCGUUUUGAACUGGACUAUGUUGAAAAAGAGGAGGAAUCUUUGACGACAAGCCCGUACGAACUCAAAUUUGCUGGUCAUCAGACUCUAGAAGCACGAGAGAGGUCUUUUCAUGCGAUUAAUCAAUCUCUGCAUUGUGGUUUUGUAAAGGGGCCUAAUGGGAUGGGAAGUACUGGAUUUGAUUUAGAUGAGAAAGACCAGAAGUUUAUGAAGUCAUGUAUUGUUGUUGUGUCAUCUUGCAUCUUCGGGAGUUCUGAUUUUCUAAGGCGACCAACAAGUAAAUUGAUCAGUGAAUAUUCAAAGACACAUGUCUGUUUUGUGAUGUUCUUGGAUGAGGAAACAUUGCAGAAAUUAUUUUCAGAAGGAAACGUUCCAGACGACAGAGGAUUCAUGGGUUUAUGGAGAAUAGUAGUAGUUAAAAAUUUGCCAUUUGAAGACAUGCGGAGAACUGGUAAGGUGCCGAAGUUACUGGCACAUCGCCUAUUCCCGUCUUCUAGGUAUUCUAUUUGGCUUGAUAGCAAGAUGCGACUGAAUACCGAUCCUUUGUUGAUUCUGGAGUACUUCUUAUGGCGAACAAAAUCAGAAUAUUCCAUCUCAAAACACUAUGAUCGCCAAUGUGUUUGGGAUGAGGUGCUCCAAAAUAAGCGGCUUAAUAAGUAUGAUCCCACUGCCAUCGAUGAGCAGUUUAAGUUUUACCAGUCUGACGGGCUAACCAAGUUUAAUGCAUCAAAUCCACAUACGCCUCUUCCAAGUUAUGUGCCAGAGGGUUCCUUAAUAAUCAGAGCCCAUACACCUAUGUCAAAUCUCUUCUCGUGCCUGUGGUUUAACGAAGUUGACCGUUUCACAUCUCGUGAUCAACUGAGUUUUGCCUAUACUUAUUUAAAGUUGAAGCGAACGAAUCCUGAUAGACCAUUUUUCCUUAAUAUGUUCAAGGAUUGUGAGCGCAGAGCAUUGGUAAAAUUAUUUCGGCAUAGAGAAGGUCCAUCUCCUCCAACUCCGCCUUGAUAAAUGAAGGUUCUUUUCAUCAUUGCCAUGCAAACCUUAGAUGAUAGAUCUGAACCUCAUUUGGAGAUUUAUGCACACGUUGAUCCUCACAGUAUGAUCGAUCUAUAUCCCCGGAUGAAUAUUUUAUAUAUUUUGGUUUCAGUAAGCUAUAGCACCCCCCAGUUUUGUGGAUCUCUAACAAAGAUGAAGAUGCAGUGGGAUUGGAAAUGAUUAUGGGUGAGAUUUUUUAACGGAAUCAGGAAGAGAUUAAUACCAUUAUGUUGGAGUAAUUUGUUAAUAGGUUGUAUUAGUUAUCGAUUCUGGAUAAUUUUUUUUAGUCUUGUAAAUCUAUAUAUGUUAAGAUGAUAAUACUCGGUGUAGAUGAAUCCGUAGUUUUAGUUUAGAUUUGAAAUUCAUUAUAAUGGUGUUUGACAUACCAAAUCCUUGUUAUAGUUGAAAAGAAUGAAUACAGUUUAUAGUAAUUGCUCAAGGAAGAAAUCUUUAAUCUUGA